AGGGAGAUCUCCACCCAAGGGAAAGAAAAGAAUACCAAAAGGGCAGUGGAAGCAAGAGCACCCAGCAAGACCAAAGCACAAAACUUUGGGCACCAAACCCUACCAAUCCGCCAUAUAUUCCCACGGAAUUCCUCCCCCAUUGUUCCCCGGAGCCAAGCACACCGCCGGAGCGGCGCAAUGCGGCGGACAAUCGUCAACGCCAUCCUCUUCACGGUCCUGGCCGCCAUAGCCCUGCUGUCCCUCUGCUACCUCGUGCGCUGCUACCGCCGCUGCCGGCGCCGCCGCCGCGGCGCGGUGCUGCCCUCGCACGGGGCCAGGGCCGACCGGUUCCAGGCGGCCGGGUCCAGCGACUACGGCACCGGCGCGGGGGAGGAGCUGCUCAGGUUCCCCGGCGGCGAGGGGCUCACGGUGGCCUCGAUCCUGGAGGCGCCCGGGGAGGUGGUGGCCAAGUCGGCGCACAGCACGCUCUACCGCGCCGGCCUCAGCGCCGGCGAGGCCGUCGCGCUGCUCCGCUUCCUCCGCCCCGUCUGCUCCGCGAGCGCCGAGGAGGCGGCCGCCGCCGCGGGGCUGCUCGGCGCGGUGCAGCACCCGAAUCUCGUGCCGAUCCGCGCGCUCUACGUCGGCCCGCGUGGGGAGAAGCUGCUCGUGCACCCCUUCUACGCCGCCGGCUCGCUCCGCCGCUUCUUGCAAGAGGGAAUCAAUGAUUCACAGAGAUGGGAGAUAAUCUGCAAGCUAUCUAUUGGCAUUGUCAAGGGACUGGACCACCUUCACACAAGAUCGCAGAAGCCAAUCAUUCAUGGCAACCUCAAGACAAACAACAUUAUGCUCGAUGCAGAUUUCCAGCCCAGGAUAUCAGAUUAUGGCCUCUACCUCCUGCUGAACCCUGCUGCCGCACAAGACAUGCUCGAGACCUCCGCUGUGCAAGGAUACAAGGCCCCUGAGCUGAUCAAGAUGAGGGAGGUCACGAGGGAGAGCGACAUCUACAGCCUGGGAGUGAUCCUGCUCGAGAUGCUCGCUCAGAAGGAGGCGGGAAGCGAUAGCCCGCCGAACGCCCGCGACAUCCACCUUCCCGCCUCGUUCAAAGAUCUGGUUCUUGAGAGGAAGAUAUCGGACGCCUUCGGCUCCGACCUGGUCAGACAGAGUAAGAACUCGGGUUGGGAAGAGAGUCUCAACGCGUUCUUCGGACUGGCGACGGCUUGCUGUAACCCUUCGCCGUCCUUGAGACCGGACACCAAGCGUAUUCUCAAGAGGCUGGAAGAGAUAUCGAGAUGACUGGAACGCCUCGGAUCACCCGCUUGCUAAUUAGGUGCCUGAACUAUACCAGCAGGGUAGUAUUAGUAUUUAUAACUUAUAUAAGUGUAUUUCCCGUUUCUUAUUUAUUUUGGUGAAACCAUAGUCUGUGUACUGGGGAAUCGGAGAAUGGUGUACACUUUAGGUGCUACAAAUAUGUAUAGUUUCCGUGCACUGAAAUAGGAACUCAUGUCAUGUGAACGGAUAACGGAUACGCCGCUGCUUUAGAUGAA